UUCAGACUGGGUUCACAAACCUCCGUCAGCCCAAACUCCAGAUUGGAGCAUCACAUUGAUUCAGCCACGUUGCUCAGGGAAGAGAAGUUUUCCUGGGAUUCUCAACUCCUUAAAUGUUACUCCGUAAGUGGACUGGAUUUCAGAGUUUGCCUUCCCGAUUCGGAGGCGUCAAUGGAGGUUUCCAACACGGUUCUGUGGAGAACUCAAGGCUCCCCAGCCAAGAGUCAGGAAAUACCAGCGGAAACCCCAUGUCCUCCUCUACGUCGCUUUUGGCCACAGAAAAGAUCCUUCCUUCAAAGAGUCCUUUUCCAUCACAGCUAAAGAGCAGUGGGGUAACAGCUCAGCAAGAGCUCAGCAGCCCACGAAGCAACCCAGGAGGGACCUGCAUGAAGUUCCUACACCCUGGGCCUCUGAGAGCCGUGUCUGUGGGGUCCCAGCCUGGUUCUCAGGCCAACAACGACAGAAUAGAUGUUCCAAGCAAUCUGGCCUACGGCAUGCAGCCUCCCGGUUCAAAUCUUAGGAGGGGGAAUUCCUUAUCCCACCUUCCUAACUACAAUACAAAGGACUUUAAUUCCGAUCAGCCAUUGGCUAGAAAAAGGUGGAGCGGCUCGCAGCCGGACCUACAGGCAAACCUUCUGGAAGAGACACCAAGGAAUGUGAAGCUAAGAGAAGGGGGUGACUUGUUGGCAGGGCAACCUAAAGAGUUUGGAGCACGGAACCUCGUGUUGGAAGUUGACAUGAUGGAAUUUGAGCUCUUUUCCCUAAAACAGAAGCAGAUGGAAAGCUCCUUUGCCUACCUGGAGAAGGAAAGAAAGUGGUUGGAAGUGAUUCGUUCGGAAGGCAGGACACGAAAAGGGGAACUGGAUGAUAAGAUCUUCAAGAUGGAAAUGGAGCUGGCCAAGACGAGAUCUUAUUUUGGUAAAAGGGAUCACCGCUUGCAUUCCCAGAGUUUUGGUCACAGCGAACCUGUGAGCCAGGACAUGUUGGACGUCGGCCAGGAACUGAAGAACCUCCAAAAAAGCUUGGGUGCUUUGAAGAACUGCAUCAAGACCUUAGAAGAGAAACGAAACGAGAUGGUGCAGCAGCUGAAAUGCGUGAAGGAGGUGAGUUUGGAGGGAGAGCAGAGCUCAGUCAGCCAUACAACAGCUACAAAGCCACUGGAAACCAAGCGAGAAAGACGCCAACUACAAGCUGCUUACAAGAACAUCAAACAG